GCAAUUGGUUGGGAUGUUGAGAUAAUGACAACCAAAGAGAAACAGCAGACAUCGGAGCGAGCAUAUAGUGAAAGCUAUUGCUUUCUUAAAAAAGGUGGUAAAUUUGGAUGUUGUCUCAUAGUUAACAUUAACAAAACAUUGAAGACGAUAGGAGACGGACAUUCAAUAAAGAAAUUUCGAACUGGUGCUGAGGCAGAGGUCAGGAAACUAGAAGAUGUAUUUGGAUGGACAAAUUACCAAACAGAAGUAAUCAAAGAAGAAGAUGGGAAAAAAUGUGUACUUACUGAAAUAGAUGAAUACAUAAAAAAAAGAUGUGCAGGAAAAAACUCUCCAGAGGAAGGAAAUUUCCAGACAUGUGACAUCUUCAUAUGUGUUGUAUUAGCAUUUGGAGGACCGGGUUUUUUCUACAACAGCAAAGGCAACAAAAUUCCAUUGUCCACAGUUGUGAGGAAAUUUCAAUCUUGUCAAGCCCUUCACCUUAAGCCAAAAUUGUUUAUUGUUCAGUCAUGUGACAUUGAUCUGCAACCCAUUGGAAAGCAUUUGUUUGGUGAUGUAGAGGGUGGAUCUAAACUUUUGUCUCGGUGGCCUCGAGAAGCAGAUGUUCUCAUCUAUGAGUCCAAUAUUUCAGGAGAAUAUGACUGGCAUCCAUGUCUGAUAAAACUCUCCUCAGAGAAUCCUCAGGGCAAAGCAGCUCUCCAAUCCUGCACUUUCAUAAAGUAUUUUUGUAAUACUAUGAAAAGCUUGCAAGACGAAAAAAAAGUUUCCAAGAAAAAAGUGGAUGAAGAUUCCAAGGAAGAGGAAAAUUACAUUGAAUUUAAUGAAGUUAUUUUGAGAACAAAUAAAAAAUUGGAAAAGUUCAUAAAAAAUCGAAUGAACUGGGAUCUGGUAGAUGGAACAUGGAACACUAUUCCCAGGCUGCCUGUAGUAACAGAUCAACUGUCAAAGCAGCUGUUUCUUCCUCGUUUCUAUUAAUAACUUUUCAUCAUUGAUUCUUAUGGAAUCAUUAUAUCCACAAUAUUUGAUUGCGGAAUCAAAGCUCAAUUGAAUACUCCUUGAAAGAAAAGCUAUUGUCUUAAAAAAAAUGAAUAUAUAUAUAGAGAGAGAGAGAG